GUCCGCCAUCCGAUCGGGUUAAUCCCAUCAUUGGUGCUUUCAUUGAGAGUUAACUGUGAGAUAAGGCUGUGAGAUUAUGGCCGGACGAAGGACGAGACGUAACACCGCUACUUCCGCCCAGUCGACGGUGAGGAGUGACCACCCUGAGCAGGGUAUGAUCGUUCCUGUCAAUGGGUUGGAGACAGCGUUGAAUAAUGUGGCUAACAUGAUGGCCAACAUUAUGGAACGAUUAGAUAAGGCUCUCCCUGGUCCAUCCGAAGCAAUGGUCCGGGCUGGAAGGUAUGUUACCCUGGAGGAAAGGAAGGAGGAGAAGAAAGAGAAGACUCCCAAAGAAGAAGAAAAGGCGGGAAACAAGAAGCCUUUCAAGAACAAAAAGCAGGGCUUCCCGGAUGGCCCAAAGGGCACAAACCCUGGGACCUCGGAGAAGCACAAAUCUGCCAAUCCAGUCUUCACAUUGCCGGUGGCUAAGAAUGAUCACAACACAGAGGAUUGCUACACUCUGAAGAAUGAGAUGGCGAGGCUAAUCCGCCGGGGCCAUCUGAAGAAGUUUGUACAAGAUGUUGACGCGGGAAAUCCGGGGAAUGCUCAGAAUGGGAAGCGUAGAGAUAAGGAGGUGGCCCAGGCUGAGGCCCGGGAAAAACGCCACAUCAGGCUCGAAGAUGAAGAAGAGGACUCUGAGCCCGCAAGGCACCGCCAGAAGAGACACCACGGGUGUAACUUCAUCAUUGGAGGGAAUACUGGCGGAGACUCGGCUACGAGCCGGAAGAAAAACAGGGAUUCUUACAUGGCUCUUGGUCUGACAAGAGAUGAGUUGUCACCCACCAAGACUCCGCUGACCGGGUUUGCUGGCGACUCUAUUGAGCUGGAAGGGGCAACCAAACAGCCUAUCAAGUACGACACCCAAGUGGAGGAGGUGACUGCACAGCUCUUAAGGGCCGAGGAGAGACGUCCUAGAGUAGAAGUUGCCAGCGACAUUGAAGAAGUAGAACUGGAGCCGGGCACGCCGGGGAGGUUGGUCAAAAUUGGAAAGGGCCUGGGGGCUGAACUCAAGGCACGAGUGAUCUCAGUCCUUAGAAGGUUCAGGAAAGUCUUUGCAUGGAGUCCAGCUGAUAUUCCAGGGCUGGAUCAUAAGAUUGCAGUCCAUCGCCUUAAUGUCGCAGGAAAGGAGAGAUUUUGUGAAGAAGGAGGUAGCAACCUUGCAGAGCAUUGGACAUAUCCGGGAGACGGCGAAGGAAGUCCAGCGGCUGACGGAGAGACUGGCGGCCUUGAAUCGUUUCCUUACAAAGCUGGCAGAGAAGGCGCACCCAUUCUUUACCGUAAUCAAGAAGAGGAUGGGGCUCAACAUCCGGUCUACUACGUCAGCAAGACCUUGAGAGACGCGGAGUUAAGAUAUUAUCGUCCGGAAAAGGCCAUGUUAGCGGUUUUCUGGACGGCGAAGAGAUUAACCCCGUACUUUCAAGCUCACCGGAUUGUAGUGCUCACCAAUGAGCCAUUGGCAUCACUCACCCGGAGUCCAGCGGCAUCUGCUCGGAUGACCAAGUGGGCGGUCUUCAUCAGUCAGUACAAUGUAGAGUUCAGGCCGCGUCCAUCAAUCAAAGGGCAGGCACUCGCCGACUUUCAGGUUGAGUGUACCGCUAGGGAGAUGAUAAGAGCCCAGGCCGCGACUUGUGUGGAAGACGACUGGUGGGUGAUGAGUAUAGAUGAAUCAUCUAGGUCUCGAUCUUGCGGAGUAGGUAUUGUCUUGAUCACUCCGGAAAAUUUCCGGAUAUAUUAUGCUAUCAGAUUUCAGUUCCGCGUAUCCAACAAUGAAGCCGAAUAUGAGGGCCUGAUCAAUGGACUAAGAAUUCUCGGCAAGCUAGGAGUAUCCAGAGUUCAGGUAUACAGCGACUCCCGCUUGAUUGUAGGACAAAUCACUGGGGAGUUUGAGGCAAAGGAAGAAAGGAUGAAGAGAUAUCGAGAUUUGUCCUUGGAAAUGUUGGGAAGGUUCGAGUUUAAACCUGAACACAUACCCCGGGCGCAAAACGCGGAAGCUGAUGUUCUGUCCAAACUCAGCGCAGAAUCACCAAAAUAUAUAAGUAAAUUAGCAACGGUCGAGGAACUGGCCACCCCGAGUCUUAACAGGGAUGAAUUGCUCUGGGUGUCGGCUGAUCCCCCAGAGUGGUUGGACAGGCUGGCGAAAUACAUUGAGGAUGGUAUAACCCCGGAGGACCCCCAGGAAGCUCGUUUACUGCGAAUGAGGGCACCCACCUACAAGGUGCAGGAUGGAAUCCUUUAUAAGCGGUCUUACAACGGUGUUUUACUCCGUUGUCUCAGGGCAGCAGAGGCAAAGGCGCUUAUGGAAGAGAUACACGAAGGAGUAUGUGCUGCACAUCAGGGUCUGUACUCUAUCUCUAGAAGGGCGAUUAUCCAGGGAUAUUUUUGGCCCACAAUGAGGAAGGACUGCGAGGAGUAUGUGCGCAAGUGCCCAACCAGUCAACAAUUCCAGAAUAUGCCCGGGAGGCCAGCCACGAACUACACGCCCAUCAGCUCUGUGAUUCCCUUCUCAAGAUGGGGAAUUGAUAUUAUGGGAGCCCUGCGAAAAGGGGUUGGACAGGCAAGGUGGAUAGUGGUGGCCAUUGACUACUUUACCAAGUGGGUGGAAGCUGAACCACUUGCCGAGAUAACCGGGAGACAAAUGAUUGACUUCGUAGGAACCAACAUACUUUGUAGGUUUGGGGUCCCGAAGCAGAUCAUAUCCGACAAUGGAACUCAGUUUGAGGAGGCAGAAUUCCAAGACUUCCUCAAAACUUGGGGAAUUUAGCAUACAAAAGUGUCUGUAGCCUACCCUCAGGCUAAUGGACAGGUGGAGAACGUCAACAGAACAAUCAUAAGUGGAAUAAAAAAGAAGCUGCUGUCAGAAGGAAGCAAAUGGGUGGAUGAACUACCCAGAAUCCUGUGGACGUACAGAACAACUCCAAGGAGGGCUACGGGCGACACUCCCUUUGGCUUAGCCUAUUGUUUCGAAGCCUGGGCUCCCAUUGGGACGGUGAUCCCUACCAGGAUAGAAAUGGAAUACGACCCGGAAGUAAACGAACAGAAUCAGG